CAACCACCAUCUGCUUCACUACGAAACUUAACUGCAUGCCCCACAAUCUUAGCUCCUCCCCAAGGUCUAUUUCUUGAGUAUAUGAACGAUCCUGUAAAUAAUGUUUUCCUACUCGUGUAGAUGGACAAUUUGUGCACGUGUAACAUCAAAAUCCAACAUCAGAGAGUGGUCAAACUCGCGCGGGGAAGGACGCUUGUUUAGUGUUGAUUUAAUUGAUGAGUCUGUAAGUGUGCUCACUGUUUGGUCUCUAACCUGAGGUGUGAUUCUUGUAAUUUGCAGUGUCUGAUUAUAAUUUCCCUUCAGGAUCAAUGAGAGAUGAUCCUUACUGGAUCUCUAGGAAGAACAGUUUAGAACUGAUAGAGCUAUCCAGUAUAAAUAAAGUUAGUUUAGUUUAGGUUUCCUCCUGUAGUAACACUGGAUCAAUAAGAGAUGAUCCUUACUGAACCUCUAGGAAGAACAGUUUAGAACCGAUAGAGUUAUCCAGUAUAAAUAAAGUUAGUUUAGUUUAGGUUUCCUCCUGUAGUAACACUGGAUCAAUAAGAGAUGAUCCUUACUGGACCUCUAGGAAGAACAGUUUAGAACUGAUAGAGCUAUCCAGUAUAAUAAAGUUAGUUUAGUUUAGGUUUCCUCCUGUAGUAACACUGGAUCAAUAAGAAAUGAUCCUUGCUGGACCUCUAGGGAGAACAGUGUAGAAAUAAAAGAGCUAUCAACACUUUCUCCAAGUACUCCUCACCGAUUAAUCUUAGACAGUAGGUAAACUGGACGUUUAUGUUUUUGUAGGGAGAAAUAAGAGCAACAUGUUUUACUGAUUUUGUGAACAAGUUUUAUCCAAUGCUUGAACAGAAUAAGGUACAGAUAUGAAAGACCGAACAUUAUUGUCUCACUGUGAUAACUGCAGAUUGACCACCAUCAGCUGCACGAUGGUGCUUAAUGAAACCCAGUUAUAAUGAGGAACUUUCUCUUGCAGGUUUACUACAUAUCAAAGGGAAACCUAAAACCAGCAAACAAAAAAUAUUCUUCUAUCAACAAUGAUUAUGAACUCACAUUCAGCCACGAAACCACAAUUGAGUUGGUAAGCGAUGGGUAAUUAAUUUAAUUGUCGGAAAGGAUAUUUAUCGUAUAUAAAAACGCCUAAAAGGCCGUAUAUAAAACGCCUAAAAUUGUCCUUUGAUUGGUGUAACCCAGAGAAAACUUUAGUAUUUAUAAAUUAAAGUUUUAUUUUGUUAAUUGGGAGGUUCGUAUGCGUAGUUUUAUAGCAUUUCAAGUAAUUUUACCACAGCUAUGAAAAUGGUGGAUAACGUCGCUUUACGAGGCACUGCUUUCAGGGUAUCCGGCCUUUGUACCACUGGUCCCAGAGGGUGAAGUGUAUCUAUUUUAAAGAAGUAAAUCUCACAUCUUGUAUCAUCUGUCUAGUGUACUGAGGACAGCAACUUGCCCACACUCCAGUUUAACUUUCGUGAAAUUGCCACAAUUCCAGAAGUGCAACCUGACAACCUCAUUGGUAAGUUGAUUUGAAUUUCCUGAAACACGACCUUGAAAUUCUGUACCAGGCCUGCACUUCGUGUUUACGAGAUAACUUCUCAAACGAAACAGUUUUCAAGAAAAAUUUAGCAUGAAAACUUUACUUAUUAAUCUAUGGACGGCGCCAUGAUUUCCCACGUGUUUUUUGUUCAUGAAUGAAGAAUUAGUAACCGGAGUUUGGAAAUAUUUUAUGAACAUGUUGAGUUUAUUUUCGUUCAGAUCUAAUUGGUGUCUGUACAAACAUCUCCGAUAUCAUGGAAAUUACCACCAGAGCUGGUAAACAGGUCAGUUAAACGAUUGCUAACUACUGUUAAAUACAUAUUUAGAGAUAUACAGAGGGGAAACUCGCGGCAAAUUGUGCCACGCCGAUAUAUUAAGUCUACUAACUAUAUAAAAUUAUAUUAAUUCGCUAUUUUAUUAAAUUUUGAUAAUGCAGAGGAGUAAAACUAUACAUAUUGUAGAAGUAUUCAUGGUUUUUUAUUCAAAAGUUAUAUUUUGAGGAAUUUAUAUCAUUCGCUGCUUUGUUAUUUAUACAUAAGCAUCUGAAAUUCCCUGCCAGUGCUUUUCACGACUUUAAUAAGGAGUAGAUAGGGGAAAAAACAAACUUUUGCAAAAUAAAAUGUUAUGUUAACACUUUUAAUAAAAGGAAAUCAAUAAAAGUGAUCGCUUACCGUUAUUCCACAAUAAUUUAUUGAACCAAAUUUCCAUGGGUAUCUCAUUUUUUUUAAAAAAGCGAUUUUCACCUUUAGAACGGCGUUUUCCCUAUCUUUUGCUUUGAAAUUUCAGCGACGGCACUGGCUGGAAGAUUUUGCGUGGCGCGUGGAACGCGUGACACAAAUAUUGAGGUUAUCGAGUUUCCUCUCUGUAUAUCUUUCCUCUGUGUCUGAGGGGCCAUCGUCAGAACGAGCGCCUCCCGAGAUCCUGGGGUCGAUUCUCGCUGCGGAUACUUACGUGAAAAUGAGAGUCAUCAACGCUCUACCAAAAGCCGUGGGUUUUCUCCGGGUAUUCCGGUUUCCACACAAGGGGUAGGGGGCAGGGACGUUGCUAUAGGGUGUGGGGGGUGUACCACACCCCCAAUAAUUCAAACGUUGGUCAAAGUUGAUCAAAAUGGAACAGGUAUUUGCCCAAAGUUGGUCAAAAUGGAACUGAUAUUUGCUUAAAAUUGAAGGUAAAACUCGGAAAAAUUUGGUCAAAGUUUGGGAUAAAAGAUGGUCGAGUUGCUGAAAGUUAUGAAAUUGUUGGCAAUUUGAACAAUUUUAAAGCUUUUGUUAUGUUUGUUUUUGACUAUGCUUAUGUUAGCCCGGAAAAUUUUUUUUGACUCCCCCCGUCGACAACAUUUUCGGGAAAAAUUUGUACUACUUGGUCAAAACCCUAGGAAAUGUUGGUCAAAACAUGACGGUAAUGUUGAUGGCUUCGCGACGUCCCUGGUAGGGGGUAUUUGUGUGGGAGAGGGGUAGGGUGUACUUGUGUGGUCCUUCGCAAUUUAGCUUAGCUCUGAGCUGCAAGUAAGGAUGAUUAAUUAAAACAUCCACUUCCGAUUUAAUGAAUUAUUAUUUUGAAUAUUUCUUGGUGUAGGUUUCGAAACGUGAUAUCUCUUUAUUGGACCAAACUGCUGCUGUCAACUGCACACUUUGGGGAGCAGAUGUAAAAUUUUCCUUUACGUUUUUACUGAUUUUCUUAAAUUCGAUUACGAUACUCAGUUUGCUGCUGCUGUAGCUACAUCUUACUUAGCAUUUUUGUAGUGAUAUAAUUUUCACCCCUUUUGAUAUCACUCUUAGGCGGAAAGCUUUGAACAGUAUGCUGGCUCGAAUCCAAUUGUUGCAAUCAAAGGAGCCAAGGUUUCGGAUUUUGGCGGUAAGAAUUUAAUGAUACAUAUAUCGCACACGCUUGCAGGGGCACAGGAAUUAUGGGGCAGUGUGGGCGUAGUUGCCCCCCCUCCCCCGCUACACACAUGUACGGAUCUACCAUCCCUCACAUAGGACGAUUGUUUCUUUCAGGUCGUUCUCUAAGUCUCUUAGGUUCAAGUGUGAUGCAAGUUGACCCAGACAACUUACAGGAGGCCUUUAAACUCCGAGGAUGGUACGUUGUUUUAAGUAGAUAUAAAUAUAAAUUCUCUCUAAGGCUUUUAAAGAUGCUGCACAAUACGUUCUACGCAUGUGUACUUUGGAGUCUCCUGCCUUGAUAUAAACAGUUCAAUUAGGUUUUUAUGUCGUUGCAAAACCUGAUUGUUGUGCCUUGAUCAUUUAUUAUACUCUAGAAGCAUGAAAAGACUUCAAGUGUGUUGACAUAACUUCUUAAACGAAUCAGUAUUUCAUGGGAAAUUUAACGUGAUGGUUGAGUUUAUUUGUGGGCGGUUUAUUGCCGUAGAAUCAAGACAACGAUACGUUGCUAGUUUCCUUUGUGUUUUGCUUUUGUUUUGGACCUUUGGUUUCCUUUGAGAGAAGUAUUUACAGCGUGUAAGAAAUAGAAAAUUUAUCGUUGUUAAAUUAUCUAGGUAUGACAAAGAAGGCAAUGCAGAAAACAUUGCUUCCAUAUCUGGUCAAAGGGGUGAAGGAAUAAGUAAGAUAAAUUACGUGUAACUAAACUUGAUUUAUACUGGAUAGCUCUAUUAGUUCUAUGAGAGGUAUAUGUAUACCACCAUACCUCCUACACGUUAUCUAAUCAUCAUUUAAAUUUCUCUCGUUAAAUAUAUACUUGAUUAAUUUCUAGGUACUAAUGUUUACAAAACUAUCUCUGAUAUUAAGACAGAAGGCUUGGGAAUGUCAGAAAAGGUAUAUACUUGAAAUGAAAAAAUAAAAUUAUGAUUGUUAUAAAAAUGUGGUAGUCUAGUGUUACUAUUUAGUAGUAUUCCAAAAUAAGCUGUCGUGUUUUCUGUCUGAACUACCUGAAAAAGAUAUCUCAAACGUGGUGGUCCAGUGUAGGUAGUAUUCUACAAUAAGCUCUCGUGGUUUGUGUCUGAACUACCUGAAAAAGAUAUCUCAAACGUGGUGGUCCAGUGUAGGUAGUAUUGCACAAUAAGCUGCCAUGGUUUAUGUCUGAAAUUCCUGAAAAAGAUAUUUCAAACGUGGUGGUCCAGUGUAGGUAGUAUUCUGCAAUAAGCUGUCGUUGUUUGUGUCUGAACUACGUGAAAAAGAUAUCUCAAACGUGGUGGUCCUGCAGUGUAGGUAGUGUUCUAGCUUGUUCUGCAAUAAGCUGUCGUGGUUUGUGUCUGAACUACCUGAGGAGGUAGUGUUCUGCAAUAAGCUGUCGUGGUUUGUGUCUGAACUACCUGAGGAGGUAGUGUUCUGCAAUAAGCUGUCGUGGUUUGUGUCUGAACUACCUGAGGAGGUAGUGUUCUGCAAUAAGCUGUCGUGUUUUGUGUCUGAACUACCUGAAGAGGUAGUGUUCUGCAAUAAGCUGUCGUGUUUUGUGUCUGAACUACCUGAGGAGGUAGUGUUUUGCAAUAAGCUGUCGUGGUUUGUGUCUGAACUACCUGAGGAGGUAGUGUUCUGCAAUAAGCUGUCGUGUUUUGUGUCUGAACUACCUGAAGAGGUAGUGUUUUGCAAUAAGCUGUCGUGUUUUGUGUCUGAACUACCUGAAGAGGUAGUGUUCUGCAAUAAGCUGUCGUGGUUUGUGUCUGAACUACCUGAAGAGGUAGUGUUCUGCAAUAAGCUGUCGUGGUUUGUGUCUGAACUACCUGAAGAGGUAGUGUUCUGCAAUAAGCUGUCGUGUUUUGUGUCUGAACUACCCUUUGUCAAGGCUCGUUUACGACAUUCUUCUGAUACAUGUGAACUCAUCCACACGUUCACAUCGAUCAGAAGAAGUAAAUCGCAACAAAAAUGACAAGACAGUGUUAACGGGACUUCAGGAGGUCCGUCGAAGUACUUUCCUGUUUUUCAUGUAGUUCUGCUUGUUACCAAAGCUAGCCGCAUGAUUAUAAUGUUUGCUGAGAUAAUAUUGUUUCGUUUAGCCCGACUAUUUCAAUGUGAUUGGAACUGUUUGCUACUACAGGAAAGAAAACUGUUUGUACAAGGUUUGUUUGAAAUUUAAUUGCAUGAAAUUUCAAGGGGGGGGGGGAGUUUAAAGAACUAAGAUAUCCAGCAAGAAAAUGCGGUGGCAUCCUAAAUUCACCCCCUUAUAUUCCCUUGCGUUUUGUCAACUUGUCUAUACGACGAUAACCAGAUCUAAGAUAGCGUUGGUUCUUUCGAUAGAAUCAUGGACGAUCUACACCAUAGUUUGAAUAUGUACUAUUUAAAGCACGCGUAGUCGUGUUUUAUAUCUGAUAAAACACGACUACAAGUGCUUUAAAUGGCAUAAAAUAGACUACAAAAGAAUACUAAUUAGGAUGAACCAUUAUAUAAUCAUACUAAUUAGGAUGAGUUUUAUCAGAUAUAAAGUCACUCCACGUGACAUGUUAUGCCUGACAUGAUUUGCCACCAGAUUUAUGAAUUUUAAUGAGUAUUUUAAGUAUUAUUUACACUAACACACAAGUUCAAAAGCGAGUGCGAAAACCAUAUACAACAAGACAGAUUAUCAUUGAUUAUCCUAAAUGUCCCAGUUAUCCUAAAGGUGCAAGUGUAAUUCUAUCCUAGUUUAAUUAACCAACCAUGUUCGAUAUAAGAUAUUAAUAAUGAACUCUUAUAUUAGAAUGUGUGAAAGAUACUUAUAGUGUUUAAAAUACUGUCAACUCUCGACAGCAUGAAGUUUGUAUUUAUCUAUUUGUAUUUCCCCGUUGACGUGUAUUGUAUCGUUAGGCAUGUCCGAAGCAAGAUUGUAAUAAGAAAGUUAUUGAAGACGGCGACCACUACCGAUGUGAGAAAUGCAACCAAACUUAUCCCAACUUUAAACACAGACUUCUUCUGAGGGUAAGUCGAAAACGUCAACAUUUAACAGCCGGGUCCCACUAUCGUGCAACAGAUGGUGGUAUGAACCUGCAGUUAUAAUAAUAAUAAUAAUAAUAAUAAUAUUUAUUCAGGAAGCUCCACUCACCGACGUGUUUUUCAGGGAGGUCCUGUAAUAUAUAUUUAUAUUAUACAUGGUAAACUAUACUAGCUAUGCUUAUUUAAAAACUAUAAAAUAUUUACAAAUGGAUUAUAUAUAAUUAUACUUCAUAGUUAGAAAAAAAAACCCAAAAAACAAAAAAACUUGGUUAUACAGUUGGUUAAUAUAAAAAAAUUGUUCAAAAACUAUUUUAGGUGAGUGUGGCAGACCACAGUGGCGAGCAAUGGGUGACUUGUUUCCAGGAAAGCGCCGAACAGUUGCUUGGCCACACAGCAGAUGAAAUUGGCGAAUCGAGAGAAACGGUACAGUACCACCUUAACAAAAGAACUGAUAAAGCUAUCUAGUACGAAUAAAGUUAGUUUGGUGCAGGUUUCCUUCUGUAGUAACACUAGAUCAAUAAGAGAUAAUCCUUACUGCACCUCUAGGGAGAACAAUUUAGAACUGAUAGCGCUGUCCAGUAUAAAUAAAUUUAGUUUAGUUUAGGUUUCCUCCUGUAGUAACACUGGAUCAAUAAGAGAUGAUCCUUACUGGACCUCUAGGGAGAACAAUUUAGAACUGAUAGAGCUAUCCAGUGUAAAUAAAGUUAGUUUAGUUUAGGUUUCCUCCUGUAGUAACACUGGAUCAAUAACGGUACUGUCCAUGCAGUAUAAAUAAAGUUGAAAUAUAGUAUUUAACCUAAUGUCUUCUGAUUUAAAAAUUUCUAGGACGAGAAAGCGUUUGAACAGGUGUUUAAUGAAAAUGCUUUCAACAGAAGAAUGUUUCGUAUCAGAGCUAAAAUCGACAAGUAUAAUGUGAGUGACAGUUUCUCGUCGAAACUCGGUUUAUUUAGUUCAAAUAUUUAGAAUUAAGUUUGAUCGGGCGCCCAGAGGACUGGGAUAUAACUAAUUUUACAAUUGUGUUCUUAGGACGAAGCUCGUCUGAAUUGUACUGCGGACAAAGUAUUGCCGAUAGAUUUUCGUAAAGAGGGCAGACGUUUAGUUGAGGAAAUUGACAAAAUGAUGGUUGAUCAGUAACUCGACACUCGGAUACAGGACAUAUUGAGUGGUAAAACUGUAAGUCCAUUUCUAAACACUUGUUAAAGAAACCAUGGUUUUUGUUGGGAACAUAUAAACGAAUUCCCUUGAUAUUGUAAUGCAUAAAUCCGUAAUAGUGGCUGUUACGGUACGGUGUGGACUCUGAACUCUCAAACACCGGACUGUUGAACAGCGAAACUAAAUUUUUGUUAAAGAUUGGGAUCAUAUAGACGCUCUGUCUGGUUGAUAUUGCAAAAAAAUACCUAGCCAUAAUGUUGGGUAAACUACUUGUGCGAGAACUCUCUUAUAGAGGACAAAUUUUUGAGAGUUAAACUUUAUAUUGCCAUUAUAUAAUAUGAUGCAAUGGCAUUGUGAGCUCCACUAGAAAUGUGUUGUGAGCUGUCAAAACACACAAGUUUUGGGAUAUACAGUAAUUGUCAGUAUUGUUAUUAUCAGUAUUCUUGAUUGAGUAUUAUUUUUCUGUUAUUUAAAGCAUGUAGAUACAUUAUAUUGCCAUGGUAUAUGAUUUUUCUGAUCACGUGAACAUAUUCUUUGUCCACGUGAACUUAUACUUUGUUCAUGUGACCUUGUACCGCGGCAAGAUGUUCAUAGAUAUAAAUGUUGUCGAGUUCUGGAUUUAUGACUACAUCUGGGCCUUGGGUGCAAUCCCACGAGUCCUCCACGAAUUGAUCACGCACAGUGUAGAUAUCGUGCGAGUUGUCCACGCGCGGCGAGGGAUUCAUACUGUACGGGUCUUCGAGGGUUUGUGAAAUAUCGAUUUGAUAUAGAGGAUCUUGUGCGUUGUUUCCAUAUUCCGGAUUGAACGUUGCUUCGUGGGGUCUCGCGUGUUGUUCACACGCGGGGUACCCGAAUUGGUCUCGCGUGGAAUACGAAGGGUUAUUCGAGUUAGCAUAAAUAUUUUCUUCAGCAAACGUUUGGUUUCGUACAUUGUCGAGACUAUCGUAUAGAAAUUCUGGGACUUCUUGGUUUGAAGUACCGUAAAUAUUUUGUGCCGUAUGGGUUUCUUCAUCGGGGAGAGCGUAGGGUGGAGCUUCGUUUUUCUUGUUGUAUGAAUCGCUUUUUAGCGAGAUUGUGAUCUGGGAACUGGUUAGUUUUCUGAAGAAAAUUGGAAAUACGAGGAGUUACACGGAUGUUUUUAGCAGAGAUGUUCCCAAGAGGGGAGAGGGGAGUGUUCCUCUGAUCUUAUACUGCACUUUUAUACAAAUCUGAGGAAAAAAUAUCAUGAAAAAAUAACCAGGAAAAAAAUAUCAGGAAAAAAUAAUCGCAGGGC